AGACAACCCCAGACACACACACAUAGACGCGCACACGCUCACAAACCUCCGGACAACGAUAAGGCGGACAGCGGAGCGCGGGGAAGGAGCCGUCCCCGCCGCCCAGCCCGCAGCGGGGGCUCUCCCAGCGGCAGGAUGAGGUACCCCUUGGCCUGGUCCAUGUGUGCCUGGCUGCUCGGAGUGGUGGGUGCUGUUGAGCUGACUGACAUGUUUGGGGAGAUCCGCUCUCCAAACUUCCCCGACUCCUAUCCCAGCGACUCGGAAGUGACGUGGAACAUCUCCGUGCCCGAGGGAUUUAAAAUCAAGCUGUACUUCAUGCAUUUUGACUUGGAGUCAUCCUACCUCUGUGAAUAUGAUUACGUCAAGAUCGAAGCAGAGGACCAUGAGCUGGCAACCUUCUGUGGCAGGGAGACGACAGACACCGAGCAGGCUCCUGGGCAGCAAGUCAUCCUAUCCCCAGGGCCCUAUAUGGGGCUCACCUUCAGGUCCGACUUCUCCAACGAGGAGCGCUUCACUGGAUUCGACGCACAUUACACGGCCGUGGAUGUGGAUGAGUGCCUGGAGAAAAGUGAUGAGGAGUUGGCGUGUGACCAUUACUGCCACAACUACAUCGGUGGGUACUACUGCUCCUGCCGCUUCGGCUACAUCCUGCACUCCGACAACAGGACCUGCAAAGUGGAGUGCAGUGACAACCUCUACACCCAGAGGAGCGGAGUGGUCACCAGUGCUGACUUCCCCAGUCCCUACCCCAAGAGCUCGGACUGCCUGUACCGCAUUGAGCUAGAGGAUGGCUUCUUCAUCACCCUCAGCUUUGAGGAUAGCUUUGAUGUGGAAGACCACCCGGAGGUGACCUGUCCCUAUGAUUACAUCAAGAUCAAAGCUGGCCAGAGGGAGUUUGGCCCUUUCUGUGGAGAGAAGUCCCCGGGACGCAUUGAAACCCAAACAAACAGCGUGCAGAUCCUUUUCCACAGUGACAACUCGGGGGAGAACAGGGGCUGGAAGUUGUCAUAUACAGCAAUUGGAAACCCCUGUCCACUGGUGCAGCCCCCAAUCAAUGGGAAAAUCGAGCCUUCCCAAGCCAAGUACACCUUCAAAGACCAAGUCGUCAUCAGCUGCAACACUGGCUACAAAGUGCUGAAGGAUAACCUGGAAAGCGACUCCUUCCAGAUCGAGUGUCUGAAGGAUGGGACAUGGAGCAACAAGAUCCCCAUCUGCAAAAUUGCUGACUGCCAAGCGCCGCCAGAGCUGGAGCACGGCUUUGUCACCUUCCUCUCCAGGAACAACCUCACCACGUACCGCGCAGCCAUCCAGUACCACUGCCAGCACCCCUACUACCACAUGGCCCCCAACAGCACCGCCACAUACACGUGUGAUGCAUCGGGGGUUUGGAGGAGCGAGGAGCUGGGCACCGUGCUGCCGUCCUGCCGACCAGUGUGUGGCCGGCCAGUUCGUGCUCUGCCCGGGAUCAUCAAGCGCAUCAUCGGUGGGCGAAAUGCAGAGCCUGGCUUCUUCCCCUGGCAGGCCCUGAUAGUGGUGGAGGACAUGUCCCGAGUGCCCAACGACAAGUGGUUUGGCAGCGGGGCCCUGCUCUCAGACUCCUGGGUGCUGACAGCCGCUCACGUGCUCCGCUCCCAGAGGCGGGACAAGACUGUCAUUCCCGUUUCCAAGGAGCACGUCACUGUCUACCUGGCCCUUCACGACGUGAGGAACAAGUUGGAGGCUGUCAACCGGACAGUGGAGAGGAUCAUCCUCCACGAGGAUUUUGACAUCCAGAAUUACAAUCAUGACAUCGCUCUGGUCAAGCUGAAGGAAAAGGUGACCAUGGGUAACUACGUCAUGCCCAUCUGCCUGCCUCAAUUUGAGCAUGAGCUAGAAGGACCUCACCCCAACACACUGGGGCUGGUGGCCGGCUGGGGAAUCUCCAACCCCAACAUCACCGUGGAUGAGAUCAUCAGCUCAGGCAUGAGGACGCUGUCUGACAUCCUGCAGUACGUCAAGCUCCCGGUGGUGCUGCAUGCAGAGUGCAAGACCAGCUACGAGUCCCGCUCGGGGAACUACAGCGUGACCGAGAACAUGUUCUGUGCCGGCUACUAUGAAGGUGGGAAGGACACUUGUUUGGGAGACAGCGGGGGAGCCUUUGUCAUUCAGGACCCGGGAACCCGGAGAUGGGUGGCCCAAGGGCUGGUCUCAUGGGGUGGUCCAGAGGAGUGCGGCAGCAAACAAGUGUAUGGUGUGUACACCAAAGUCUCCAACUACGUGGACUGGGUGGAGAAGAACACAGGCUCCUCAGAGAGGUGGACAUUUCUGGACCCUGAGCUGGAGAGAUGAGUGACUAAGCACUGCCUGCUGACAAAGCUUUCUUUUUUGUUGUUGUCCUUUAAUAUGCUCCAGACUCCGGUCUUUCGCAAGCAGUAGCCAUGAUGCUCAGCCGCACUUUGGGACUUUGGCAGCCAACCACAUCAUUCCCUUCACUUGGUCCCACAUCCCUUUGCUUUCACUCUUAGGAAAUGCGUGCUAGGGAGCUGGGGGAAGGGAGUAAAGCGUGAGAUCUCAUCCAGCAUUGCUAGCUCAUGUUGCCAGGCUCCGAACAUCGCCCACCUUCUCCAGGAGCCUCCCUCCAAGCCACGACAAAGGCACGGUGACAGAAGCUAUUUUUCCCUGCCACCGAAUCUUUGGGCCAUGCACAGGGACUUGUCCCCAUCCCCAGAGGUCUCAGACCAGGUCUUUCCAUCAGACGACGUAACUGUUGGAGCAACAGAGGCUGUGGACAGCAUGGGAAAGCCACAGAAACCCCACGCUGUGUAACACUUCCCCUGUGCAAGGAGCACUGGGAGACUCUUGUGGUUUUACUACGGGAUAGAUCCACCUGCCUGCUGCCUUUCCUUGGUGUUUAACCUCUUCUGUGUGGACCUGGGUAGUCUUGUGUGGCAAAGCAUUCGAUUCCUGCAAAAACCAAGUCCCUUUUAGCUGUUUUAAAGAGCAUUCUUUUGGCUGAUUUACAGGUUACUGAAGGUUUCCAUGGUUUGUUCAUGGCUCUCCUGGCCUAUUGCAGGUGUCCAAGUCAUCCCAUACUCACCACAAUUCAUCCAGCACUCCAUUAAGUUUCACAUCUCCCCUGCCACGACACACACAGACAAUAAUGCCCACCAAGGAACAAAUACAGGUGAGCUUAGCUUCCUUCAGCACAGACAUCACUUCCUUCACUUGCCUGCAAAGCCCUCCUGUAGCUGGAAGCAGCAUGCAGCAAUUGCCCGCUGUCCCCUCUGCGUGCCUUUACCCUCCUUUGGACUUCUCCUCCUCCUUUGGUUUUGCCAUGCAAGGAAUGAGUCAACAUUGAACCAGCCACCCUGCCAUUUUGUUAUCACCCAAAAAGCCAUUUGUAGAGCAUGUAGAGGAGCAGAAGGCCUAAGGAAGGUCUAACUUGCAGACACGCUAAGAACUGUACCCUUGGCUAUGUCAUGUAACUGUAAGGUAUUUUUUAUAUAUAUAUUUCUUUUUGAUACUACAUUCUGCAGAAUAUCUGAUGACAUGUAAGGAUGGUUCUGUGUAAUCUUCAUCCUGAGAAUAAAAUUAAAUGUUAAUAUUUA